GAAUGUUUCCACCUGCUAAAUCUGUUCAGAACUGUCCGGACUUGCCUUUUUUCAUCACUAAACAACAUGCUGCUUGGUUUCAUUCUGCUUAUGACUCUAUAUGAGAGCACAGUUGUAUCUGUCCCAACUUCAACCAGCCAUGUUCCUGUAACAGAAAAUACAACAAUGACAGAAGAUGAGCUUUCCCCCUUGCAAGUGGUGGCCACACCAGACCACCCCGUUGCAGCCGGUCAGAGAGUCCACCUGCACUGCAGCGCUCUCACUGAACCAGCUUUCGUCACUUGGUCUUGGAAACACUUGCAAAAUCAAACCUGGAAAGAGGUGGGAAAGGGUAGGGAACUGAUUCUGACAGAGCCGGAGCAAAGCGGGGUGUACUGCUGCCACGCUAAGGUCCGGCUUUCUCAGCAUCGUGUAAGCCAAAAUCACACCGUCUUUAUCGUCUCCAUUCAAACUACAGUGGGUGAGAAAUUAGGAAUGGCGGCCUUCCUCAUUUCCCUUCUGAUCUUCACGAGCAUCGUAAUUGGUUUUCUGUGGCUGGGCUGGCAAAGAUUCCAUGACAUGGUUACCACACCGAGCAUUGCUGAUAAAGAUGUUGUGCAGCAUGAAGUUGCAUCAAAGGGACAUUCACCACAAGCUGACAGUGACACAGAUGUGUACAUAAAUUACACAAGCACCAGUGCCUACACCAAUUUGGACCCCAGCAAUAUGACGGGAGAAAAUGUGUACUCAACUCUGUCAUAAGUGACAAUGCAAGUAAGGGUGGAGAUGUGCAAUAAAAAGGAGAAAAGACUGUUGUCUAUUUUUGUGGCAGCAUAAGGGUAACCGAAUGUGGAGCUAUGUGUUCAUUUCCUGUUUGCUUGGUGUUAAAAAGAUCUUCUUCCGCUCUGAAAGCCCAUUUUUGCUCAGUCAGUGUCGUCGGCAGAUGCAACUGUACAAUUGUGUGUUGUUGUUGUUUUCAAAUCGUUCUCACCUUUUUUCCAAUGAUGAUGAUUUUUUUUUCACACUUAAAAAGAUCUUGCU